CCACCACUGCCGAGCACCACCAGCAGCCCUACGAGUGUACCUAGGUACCUUGUAGGAAUUUGUCCUCUCCACCCACACCAGUUUGCUGGUUCCGUCACAGGCGCGCACCUCCACGCGCGCCAGGCACCGCCUGCCACAUCAGGCGCCACCGGCCAGACGGACGUUCCGCUCCGUUCCCAAUGACCGGUUGAACCUCGUCAGGACCGGGACCCCAGUUUCGUUCAACCCGCUGGGAAAUUCCUCGUCGUCGUCUCACCACCACCACUACCACCACCCACCACAACAUCCAACCGACAGGCGGGAGAUCUCGAGAGUUACACACAUGCACGCGCACGCACGCACGACGCGCUCUCCGACCUUUUUCCUCCCCAGGAGUACGGCACAGCACAACAUCCAUCUAUCUUUCUGACGAGAAGCGAUUGCGCACAACCACCUCAUCCGCUGCGCGCCCGUUCGAUCCGCCCCUCGAGGGCCCUCUCUCUCGCCACUACCAGCCACCACCACCCACAUCCCCCUUCCACAAGUCAGCCUGCUGCUGCCGACGCCGCCGCCAUGUUCUGCCUACGGAGCUGGCUCCCGCUGCUCUUCAUCCCCACCAACGCCUCGCCGGCCUUCAUCUUCCUCUUCUUCGUCUGCACCUACUUCCUCAACCGGCCCUGCGUAUACUGCUCCAUCCUCCUCCUCAUCCUCUUCCUAACCUCGUGCAACUGGUCCGACCGCUGCUUCUUUGACUUUCGCAGCGACUGGUUCCUCCCGCGCUCCUCCGCCGUCUCAACAACAACGGCAGCCUCGACGACCGCCACAUCCGCAGCGCAUAACGCCACGAUACAUGGCCAUUAUAACCUCGAAACCAACGAUGCCGCAGCAACGGCCGCCGCCGCCGCCGCCGCCGCAGACGCCUUCAACGCGACCGUCGUCGAGAUGCUCAACUCGACGGCCCGCGCCCUCGCCGGCGCCGCGGCCGACCAGGUGGCUGCCAAGCGCGCCGAGUGGACGGGCCUGGGCAUGGAGUGGCUGAGGAGCCUGCUCGGCCGCCGGGAGUGGAGGAUCGAGUGCAUGGAUAUCUACAUUCGGCUGUGAAGCUGCUGCUGCUGGGAACAGGGCUACUGCGUGUAAUUAUAUGGUGCAGCGGAGAUGACCGAAAAACCCACAGCGAGUCUUUUAACUCGGUGCUUUUCUGAAUGUGGGAUCAUAGAACUACGGCG